CGUCCGGGAUUCCGUUGCAAAAAAGGGGAGGGAAUCAGUCAAUCGUCUGGACUUGCAUUAAGCUUCCCGCCCAACCUGACAGGCGAAAGCAGGUGGGCGGGGAGCUCCUGCCGUCCGUGACUAUCUCGGAGUUUGGACGACAUCUCUCCCCAGCCCGCCAACCCGAGCGCUUAACGGAUCUGUCUCUCUCGGAGCGGAAAGGCGGCGAUCGUCAUGGAGACUUGAGGGGAGGUUAUAAAGCCGAUCUGGAGAGCCGCCGCCUCGAGUCACCAGCAGGCACCGAACCAGGGGGGAUCAAGAGCAGCGCGAGGCCAUGCUGAAACCGCGGGACCUGGGCCCGGGGGCGUCCACGCAGACUUUCCUGGAGGCCAUGAGGGCAGGCCGGAUGCAUCUGGCGCGCUUUGUCCUGGAUGCCGUCGAUGGGACUAUUGUGGAUUGCCGAUCAGACCGGGGCCGUUCGCCGCUCAUGUACGCCGUGCUGCUGAAGGACCCGGCGUGGCGACUGGCCUUCGCGCGACUGUUGCUGGAGCAUCGCGCCGCUGUCAACCUGAGCGACGACGCCGGGCGCAGCGCCCUCAGUUUGGCCUGCGAGCGCGGUUAUUUGGAGGUCACCAAGCUGCUGGUUCAGUGGGGCGCCGACCCAGACACGGUGGACGGGCGCGGCUGGAGCCCCCUCAUGUACGCCUCCUCGGAAGGGCGGACGGCGGUGGUCGAGUGGCUCCUGCGCGCCUUCCGCCGCUUCGGGCAACUCCGCCUUGAGCGCGCCGACCGCGCCGGCCACACCGCGCUCCAGCUGGCCGCCAGCGGGGGCCACCACCAGUGCGUGCGCGCCCUGCGCUCCGCCGGCGCUUUGCUCCUCAUCUUCCCGGAGCCGCCGCAGUCGUCGCAGGCCGGAGACAAGGACGGGGCCGCGUCAGCUGCUUCUCCCCCGCUUCAGGCGGUCAGAGAGCGACAGCUCCCACUAGACGAGCAGGAGCAGAGAUUCCAAGGAGAGGAAGGAGGAGGAGGAGGAGCAGAAGAAGAAGCGGAUGGCUCAGAAGCGAAAAAGGAGCCUUCGGCGACGAGAGGCCGCCCGCUGCUUCGCAGGUCCACGGCGCCUGACUGUCAGAGUCUCCUCAGCCAUUGA